AUGGCACCCGUGCCGGAAUACGAGCCGCUUCGUGAUGAAGCGCAGGUCGACGACGACGAGGACGAUGUGUCUAUCAGCGAUGGCGAGAGCACACAGCCCACUUCCAGCUUCUCAUGGCUAGAAUACUCUAUCUUUCUGCUGCUGGGUAUAGCUAUGCUGUGGGCUUGGAACAUGUUCCUUGCUGCUGCUCCCUAUUUCCAACAUCGAUUCCAGUCUAGCGAAUGGGCCUCUGCACAUUUCCAAUCCUCCAUCCUUUCCGUCUCUACAGUGACGAACCUUGGGUCCGUGAUUGUACUAGCUAAAUCACAACGCAACGCUUCAUACGAAAGUCGAAUAUCGUUAUCACUCACCAUAAACGUGGUGGUAUUCACUCUCCUGGCAUUUUCAGUGUUGGCCAGAAAUGCAUCGGUGGGAGCCUAUUUCUUCUUCUUGAUGGUCAUGGUGUUCGGGGCAAGUCUCGCUACGGGUAUCAAUCAGAAUGGCGUUUUCGCAUAUGUCUCUCGAUUCGGACGUGAGGAGUACGUCCAGGCUAUCAUGGCCGGUCAGGGCGUCGCUGGUGUCUUUCCCUGUAUUGUACAGAUCGUUUCGGUCCUCGCGGUACCAGAAAGGAAACAAGGACCACCAGGCGCGGGCGAGCAGGAAUCGCCCAAAUCCGCUUUUGCAUAUUUCAUCACCGCUUCAUUAAUAGCUGCAGUGACACUGGCAGCAUUUUGCUACCUCGCAAGACAACAAUCUCGCCAUGGCCCAAAGCUAGUCCCCGACGAUGAGCCUGAACCGGAUCUCACCGGCCACAAGACCGUCGGACUCUGGGCCCUCUUCAGAAAGCUCCAUUGGAUGGCACUUGCUAUUUUCCUCUGUUUUGCUCUCACGAUGGUAUUUCCCGUUUUCACGGAAAAAAUCAAGUCUGUUCGCGAUCCAGCUUCUGCCCCUCGAUUAUUCCAACCAGCCAUCUUUAUCCCACUUGCUUUCCUGAUCUGGAAUCUGGGCGAUCUCCUUGGUCGAAUGUCCGUUUUGCUUCCCAGCCUUUCACUUACGCAUUAUCCUUGGGCGUUAUUCGUCAUUGCUGUUUCGCGUAUCAUCGUCAUCCCGCUUUAUUUCUUAUGCAAUGUCCACGGAAAUGGUGCUGUCGUGAACAGCGACGCGUUCUACCUCGCAGUGCAAUUCCUCUUCGGAAUCGCCAACGGAUACCUGGGGAGCAGUUGCAUGAUGGGUGCCGGACAGUGGGUUGCUGUCGAGGAGAGGGAAGCUGCCGGUGGAUUCAUGACAUUGAUGCUUGUAGGAGGGUUGACGGUGGGUAGUCUGCUUAGCUUUUUGGCUUCGUCUGCAUCUACAUGA